AUGCAUUUCCACACCUAUCUCAUCGUCGCCAUUCUCCCCCUCAUCUCAAGCGCACCAACGAACGUGCCAAAGCGCCAACUCGACGCUCUUCUCGGCUCAGGAACAUCAGCAUCUAGUCUACCAGAUCUCGGAUCUCUCCUCGAUGGUAGCGGAACAAGUACAUCUUCAGGGCUCGCUUCAUUGCAGAGCGAGAUUUCAUCGCUGAUCGGUGGCGCGGGAGCAUCGUCAGGUGCGGAUGAAUUGGGCUCCUUGUUUGGCGGUCUGGCACGAAAGGAAAAGAAGGCUUAG